AUGAUGCUGCCCACCGCCUUCUAUAAUGUGGUAUUUUGGCUGGCAUUGGGAUGGACUCUAUCAUCUGCUCAUAGUCCUCGGACCCCAGACCGAGUCUCAGAAGCAGAUAUUCAGAGGUUGCUCCAUGGAGUGAUGGAACAGCUGGGCAUUGCUAGGCCCCGUGUGGAAUAUCCAGCCCAUCAGGCUAUGAAUCUCGUGGGUCCGCAGAGCAUUGAAGGUGGUGCCCAUGAAGGUCUUCAGCAUUUGGGUCCUUAUGGUAACAUCCCUAACAUUGUGGCUGAGCUGACUGGUGACAACAUUCCCAAGGACUUCAGUGAGGACCAGGGCUACCCGGACCCUCCAAAUCCCUGCCCCCUUGGAAAAACAGUAGAUGAUGGAUGUUUGGAAAACUCCCCUGACACCGCGGAGUUCAGCCGAGAGUUCCAGCUGCAUCAACACCUUUUUGAUCCUGAACAUGACUAUCCUGGCUUAGGCAAAUGGAACAAGAAGCUUCUUUAUGAAAAGAUGAAAGGUGGACAGAGACGGAGGAGGAGGAGGAACGUGAACCCCUAUCUGCAAGGGCAGAGACUGGACAAUGUUGUGGCAAAGAAGUCUGUGCCUCAUUUUUCAGAUGAGGACAAAGAUGAAGAAUAA